CUGGAUCGUGUUAGCUUAAAUAGAGCCCAUUCGGCCGAAAGUCUUUCGAAUAUUUCGAAUUCAGAUGGUGUUUCCGGUGGCAACCAGCCAUCAUCAUCAAAUUCAACUUCGGGGAUACCCAAACAUUUCAUCAUCUCAAGUUUCAGGUUCAUAGGAACCGGACAUUCACCUCAGGUCCAGAACAACACAACGCGAACAUCGCUUUCAAGUGAGGCAGAUUUUACUCGGCCGGACGAAAACGACUUGUCGUUCUCGGAGUAUCGUGAGCGAGAUCGAGAUGCCAUUGCUUACAUUAUCUGGAAAUCGUACAAGUUCGAACUGCCGUUCAGAAUAUCCAAGCACUUCAUCAUCUCAAGUUUCAGGUUCAUAGGAACUGGACACUCGCCUCAGGUCCAGAACAACACAACGCGAACAUCGCUUUCAAGUGAGGCAGAUUUUACUCGGCCGGACGAAAACGACUUGUCGUUCUCGGAGUAUCGUGAGCGAGAUCGAGAUGCCAUUGCUGUAUGUUCAUUUAUCAACUCUGAAUCUUUUGCAGUAGUAUACACCAGUGGUGAUUCCUUUAUCGUUUGGGUGAUAAUUCAAAAUAAAGUUCUUCUAUAA